AUCGAAGUCGAAUAUGGGAGUGGAACCAUAACAAGCUGAAUAAUGAAGAACUAAUCUGUUUAUGCCAGACAAAACCGAUAUCUUUCUCCUGUGGAGGUUGACAUUUUUCUGUGGAAAGGCGGUCAUCAAUAGGGAGAUAUUUCUCCCACAUAUCGCGGUAUUUGGUCUUCGUCUUGGAUCAAAUGCCACCAUGGGUUUCAUUCCUCUUGCAAUACCUCUGAUGUCAAUGUUCUUUAUCUGGACCAGUUUAUAUUUCUACUUAUGCAUCAUCAAUCCUCAUCGAAGCCAUGAAUGGAACUGCCGGCUUGUAACAGUGUGUCAUGGAGCUUUAACAUCGUUAUUGUCAUUCUGGAGUGCAUUUAUUACUGGUCCAUGGCCCUUGGUUGCCAUGGGUGAUGCUAACACCCCAUUUCAUACAUUUAUUGCCACCUUUACUUUGAGUUACUUUCUGUUUGACUUUCUGUGGUGUUCUUACAUGGGUACUGAAGGGUUUGUCAUGCUUUUACAUCAUAUUAUCUCCACCUGCGGAAUAGUUUUUGUGCUGUUUGAUGGUUAUUCUGGUCCUGAACUUGCCGCGACAAUACUUGGAACGGAGAUCUCAAAUCCAUUUUUGCAGAUAAGAUGGUUUAUGCGAGAAACUGGACAAUAUCAAACAUUGCUGGCAAAACUGAAUGAUGUUGUCUUCAUGAUGAUGUUCAUUUGUUGGCGCCUUGGACCAGGAACAUUACUCUGCUAUCGCACUCUGUCUUCUAAGAAACCAAAACUUUUUGUCAAGCUGGGAGGAUUAGGAAUGUAUUUAAUAAGCUGGGUUUGGGUUUUUUUUAUUAUUAGAUUUGCCAAGAAAAGAUUUUUUAAGUAAAGGUCACAAGAAAUAGAACCUAUUAUUUUAAAUGUGAAAAUUGAGGCAAUAGAUAAUGCUUUUUAUUCAAGGCUCUUCAAUUUUGUAACAAUUCUAUGUAGGACUAACACACCAUUGAGUCAGGGAGGUUACUAAAGCCAUAGGCAGCGGAGCAGGGGUCUCUUUAAACAAAAAUUUGGAGGGACAUAGCCCCUAUCCCCACCACCACGUUUUAGUGCAAGAAGAUAUUAUUAGCACAGCAUAACAAUUGGUAACAUUUUCAUUCUUGUGAUCUUUUCACAAAUCUUUAUACUAGCAUCGUGAUUGGCAAAAUAUGUCGUAAGACUUCUUUUGAACAGCUUCCGCCUGUUUAGAGAAGCUUAUCAACAGUAGAAAUUCUCUUGGUGUCUAAGAAAUUAGACACUAGAAAGAAAGAAAGAAAGUCUUAAGCACUCUAAACAACAAACAUGUCUAGUUACAAUGAUAAGGUUGAGAUUGGA